AUGGGGUCCUCGUAUUACCCUCAUACUGUAACGACUGUCCCAAGUCUUGCAGCGCCUGCCCCAUACUCUCUUCAUCAAAUCACUUCCAGACAGGAUACAGCAUCAACGGAUGACAGUACGAUUGCCGAUACAUCUGUACACAACGGUUUCGCCACUCCCCGCAUAGGGACAGUGAUCCUGCCAGGGGAAAGUCUGUCCCUUGAUUCCGAACGUGACACUACCUCCGAUAUUGUUCAAGCCAUCGCAGCAGCAUUAAACGAGUUGCCCCCCGCAACGAAGCGCGAUAUCACUGCAGACAUCACUGCCACGCUCCAGACUCUCCUACAAGAAGGUAGCUCUGUGUUGAGCGAUAUUAACGUCAAACGUGACACUACCUCCAAUAUCGUUCAACCCAUCGCAGCAGCGUUAAACGAAUUGCCCUCCGCAGGGAGGCGCGAUAUCACUGCAGCGCUCCAGACGCUCCUACAAGAAGGUAGCUCUGUGUUGAACGAUAUUAACAUCAAACGUGACACUACCUCCGACAUCACCGCAGCGCUCCAGACCCUCCUGCAAGAAGGUAGCUCUGUGUUGAGCGAUAUUAACGUCAAAUGUCAAGUGGACUCCAUCCUUCCCGUCGAAGAGUGCAGCACUGCGUCGACCUGGCUCAAAGAUAUCGGGAGUAUCAUUAGCCUGGGAUCAGGUGUUAAUGAGAUUGUGAACGCCUUUGACGGCAGCAAUAGCACUAGGCGGGACUUGGGCCAAACUCCUGAUGGAGUUGAUGUCAAUGGAGCUUUGGGUGAACCAGCCUACCAAUUCAAAGAUCGCAGCUUUACGAUCCCCUCUAGCGUCUCAAACAUUUUAGGGAAGACGGCAGGGAUUGUAAGUGCAGGAGGUACUAUUGCGACAAUACUGUCUGCCCUUGAUGGAAGCAGCAACAGUACGAAAUGCGAGCUUGACACGGGCAUGGGACACGUUGAUGACCGGAAGUGCGCCUCCUCUGAUAUUGAAAGCAUUCUCCAGCAGAUCAUAGUUGCUUUGGAGGGUGCUGAGGACGUAUUGAAUAGCACUUCUACCCCUACCUCUACCAAGCAGGAUAACGAUUUUUUCGGCCUUACAGAUAUCAUUACCCCAGAGCAACUUGACGAGCUUAGCUAA